UAUCUAUCUAUCUAUCUAUCUAUCUAUCUAUCUAUCUAUCUAUCUAUCUAUCUAUCUAUCUAUCUAUCUAAAUCCCUCAAAUUUGUUAAUUAUGAAAAUGGCCAGGAUAGGUAGCGAUGGGAUAUUUUCCAGUUAAAAAACAAACUUCUUGACGUCAGCUUCUAACCUACCUCAAACAUAUCCUUGACAUUUCUGUUCUGUAAUAUCAUGUUACUUAUCAGCUGAAGUACACACUGAUACCAAUAUACCUGUUAUAAGACACCAUUAUGUGAUACUGAUGAUGGCCUUUGUGGUUUAUAAAGCACAUUCCUUUCUUUCAGUCUUGUUUUCCGUGUUACUAAACUGUGGUUCAAAUGUUCUCCAGGUCGUGUUGUAACCUCAUGUUGAAUGCUCUGACACAACAUCCUGUCUUUUGGUGUAACGCAGUCUGUCCUCUCACGCAGGCGCUGAUGAAUGUCAACUCUCGUCUGAGGGAGCUCUAUCCAGACAGCAAGGAGCUGUUUGACAUCGUAUUAAUGACUAACAACCAUGCCCAAGUCGGAGUGCGCCUCAUAAACAGCAUUAAUUACUAUGAUCUGACCAUAGAGAGAUUCUGUAUGACAGGAGGAAAAAGUCCCACAGGCUACCUAAAGGCGUACAUGACAAACCUUUACCUCUCCAAGGACUCGGAGAAAGUCACAGAGGCCAUCGAGGAAGGCAUUGCUGCAGCCACCAUGUUUAUGCAAGAAACAGAUAAAGAGAAUCAGUUGAGCGACACGCAGCUGAGAGUGGCGUUUGAUGGCGACGCCGUCCUCUUCUCGGACGAGUCAGAGAUUAUUGUCAAGAAACACGGCCUGGACACCUUCUUUGAGCACGAGAAGGAGUUUGAGAACAAACCUCUCGCUCAGGGUCCCUUAAAGUGUUUCCUGGAGUCUCUCGGGAAACUACAGAGAAAAUUCUACGCCAAGAACGAGCGUAUGAACUGUCCCAUCCGAACCUUCCUGGUCACGGCCCGCAGCGCUGCCAGCUCUGGGGCUCGUGUCCUGAAGACUCUCCGCAGCUGGGGCCUGGAGAUCGACGAGGCUCUCUUCCUGGCCGGGGCGCCCAAAGGGCCUCUGCUGCAGAAGAUAAAACCCCACAUCUUCUUCGACGACCAGAUGUUCCACAUUGACGGGGCCAAGGAACUAGGGACCAUAUCUGCACAUGUCCCCUACGGGAUCGGACAGAAGUACCACAAGGGGAAACUCAUCGAGCAGCCUGCAAAAAAGGAGUAACCUAAAAACGGUUAAACUAUUAAGGAUGCACUACGUUGAAUAAAAUAAAAAAAAAAUAACAGCUACUUUUAUAGGAUUUAGGUAUGUAAUUGGUAAUGCAGUCUACAAAGUUUCCUACUUUUUCAGGGUUUUAUAAAUAUUUGAUGCUGUUUUGUUUUGGGAUAGGGUAUUAUUGAUGAGUGGGGGAAUGUAUUUUCAAUUAGUUAGAGUUACAAUAGGUGCCAUACACUAUUUCCACUUAAUACUGUUUUGGAGGAGAAACACCAGAUUCAUUACUUAUCAGUGCCUUUUAAUCAUACUAUUGGUGUACCUGUUUAUCUUCUUUUUUUCUUCUUACAUUGGAGCAUUGACAGUAUAUAUACAUCAGUAUAUGUGCAUUGGAGUUAGUCGGUUUCUUUACUUUUUUUUUUUUUUUAUAAGUCUUUGGCAUGUUCACUAAGACCAGGGUGGUAGAAUGUUUCUGCUAUAGUAGUUGUUUUUUUUCCUGCAUUGGAUCUUUUAUAGACUUAAAAAUCAACAGCCAGGUAAACAAAUAGCAACCAAAACAAUAUAUUACAUUUUGCAUGUGUAAUAUAUUCAUAUCUGUUUUAAAGGGCUAUAUACACCUGGUAAAAUAAGUAUUGAAAACAUCACCAUUUUUCUCAGUAAAUAUAUUUUAAAAAAGGUGUUAUUGUCAUGAAACUUUCACCAGAUGUUGGUAACAACCGGUGCAAUCCAUACGCAAAGAAACCAAAAUAAAUAAUUUCACAAAUUAAAGUUAUGUGUAAUAAAAUGGAAUGACACAAGGAAAAGGUAUUGAACACGCUUACUGAAAUUAUACUUAAUAUUUCGUACAAAAGCCUUUGUUGGUAAUGACAGCUUCAAGACGCCUCCUGUAUGGAGAAACUAGUCACAUGCGUUGCUCAGGUGUGAUUUUGGCCCGUUCUACCGCACAGUCUUCAUAUCUUUAAGUUUCCGUGGGCCUCUUCUAUGAACUCUGAUCUUUAGUUCUUUCCAUAGAUUUUCUAUUGGAUUCAAGUCAGGUGAUUGGUUGGGCCAUUCUAGCAGCUUUAUUUUCUUUCUCUGAAACCAAUUGAGAGUUUCCUUGGCUGUGUGUUUGGGAUCAUUGUCUUUCUGAAAUGUCCACCCUUGUUUAAUCUUCAUCAUCCUGGUAGAUGGCAGCAGAUUUUUAUCAAGAAUGUCUCCGUACAUUUUUCCAUUCAUCCUUCCUUCAGUUAUAUGAAGUUUGCCAGUGCCGUAUAUUGCUGAAAAACAGCCCCACACCAUGAUGUUCCCACCUCCAAACUUCACUGUUGGUAUGUUGUUUUUGGGGUGAUGUGCAGUGCCAUUUGACCUCCAAACAUGCUGUGUAUUAUGGCAUCCAAAGAGUUGAGUUUUGGUCUCAUCUGACCAGACCAUAAUCUCCCAGUAUUUCACAGGCUUGUCUAAAUGUUGUGCAGCAAACUUUAAACUCGCUUCAACAUGCUUUUUCUUCAGCAAUGAAGUCUUGCGAGGUGAGCGUGCAUACAGGCCAUGGCGGUUGAGUGCAUUACUUAUUGUUUUCUUUGAAACAGUUGUACCUGCUUAUUCCAGGUCUUUCUGAAGCUCUCCACAAGUGGUCCUUGGCUCUUGGACAACUCUUGUGAUAAUUCUUUUCACUCCUCUGUCAGAAAUCUUGUGAGGAGCACCUAGUCGUGGCCGGUUUAUGGUGAAAUGAUAUUCCUUCCACUUCCGGAUAGUGCUCACUGGAACAUUCAGAAGUUGAGAAAUCCUUCUGUAACCAAUGCCAUCAGUAUAUUUUGCAACAAUAAGGUUGCGAAGGUCUUGAGAGAGCUCUUUGGUUUUACCCAUCAUGAGAUGUUUCUUGUGUAAUGAGACACCUUUUUAUAGGCCAUCAGUUGGGACUGAACCAGCUGAUAUUAAUUUACACUGACACGUGGCAGGAUUGCUUUCUAAUUACUGAUAGAUUUCAGCUGGUGUCUUGGCUUUCCAUGCCUUUUUGCACCUCCCUUUCGUCACGUGUUCAAUACUUUUUCCCUGUGUCAUUUCACAUUAUUACACACAACUUAAUUUAUGGACAUAUAUGGUUUGAUUUCUUUGCAUGUGUGGAUUGCAUGGGUUGUAACCAACAUCUGGUGAAAAUUUCAUGUCAAUAGCACCUUUAGAAAUAUAUUUACUGAGAAAAAUGGUGACGUGUUCGAUACUCAUUUUACCCGCUGUAUAUCAGGGCACAGUGUGUAUGGCUUCACUGAUGCUGUCAUUCUUUGUUACUGUUUUUGUUGUUAAUGCGCACAAACUGCAUAAAACAUUUACGCUUUAUAUCCCUCAAACUUUUAUACUCGUGUUCUGCGAGUUUACGCUUUUACAUUGGACCUGGAUGUCAUGCAGCACAAUGUUACUACACUUUUCUAAUGUGUUUUUAUAUAUUGUAGGUUGAACUACAUAUGUUCUAUAUGUUUGCAGAUUGCAUUGUAUGUGCCUGUAUAUUGCACAGAUAUGAAAAUGUAUGCAUAACUAAACAUUAUUGAGGAGUUUCACAGUUACACUCACUCAUUGGGAAACAUAUAUCAUGUCUGGUGAUAUUUCUCAAUGACAGAUCAAGUGGUAUUUUGUAUCGAUUGUAUUCGUCUUGUGACAACAAUAAAAUCAUUUUUGAAACAUUUAA